AUGCGCGAGGGUAGCUACGGUUUCCAUAACAACACGCGCCUGGUGGUUACCCCCCUGCCGGUGCCGUGUCGCUCCCCGGCUCGUCCCCCGCGCGGUAUCGAUCCUGUCGUCCCUCCGCCCCGCACCACUCCAAAUCAAAUUACAGGAGCACGAGCAUCGGGCAAGCGAGCGGCGCGGCGCACAGCAGCGGCGAAUCGUGAUCGCCUGAGCCUUGCCUCGCUCGCCUCUGAAUCAACUUUGUAUUGGCGGGCGUAA